AUGAAUCCCCACUAUUUCGACAUAAAGCUCACCAAAUACUCCUUCCCAGGUCGCAAGUGGUUUGACUGUGCCGAAUGUCACCAAGAACAGGAAACACAUGCGCUGCAGAAGGCGCAAGAAAUGGUGUUCGCGUGCAAGAAAUGCAAGAAAUGUUUCCGCAAGGAUGCCGCUGAGUUUGAGGAGAAUGACGAGUACUGCCCCCACUGUGACAACCAUUUCGUUCUCGAGGCCUUGACACCACAAGCGAACUUGCACGUGGAAGGUGACGAUGCACGCAUGGAUAGCCGGAUGCUCAAGGACGAGCGUGUGCGCGCCGAUCAAGAAAAAUCGAUCUUCACCUUCCGCGAUAUCUCCGAUCGUCUUGGCUAG